AUGAAUUCGCAAACAGGACCAUCAACCAGCACUGCCACCUCCAGCGGAGUUACCGAAUUGGCAUCAGUAACAGUCUCGUCGAGAAUACCGGAAUUUUGGUGCGACCAGCCGCGUCUGUGGUUUAUACAAUGUGAAGCCAUUUUGGGACCACAAAAGUUGAGUGAUGAGGCAAGAUUCAACCUCGUCGUAGCCAAGCUCGGGAAAGAGGUUAUCCAGCAAGUCAGUGACAUAUUAUUGAAACCACCAGAUACCAAAAAGUUCGACGCAUUGAAAGAGCGUUUAUUGAAGGCUUAUGAAGAAUCAGAGUUAAGACAGUUUCAAAAACUUUUGAGUGGUAUGGAGUUAGGUGAUCAGAAGCCUUCACAGCUUCUGCGCCGAAUGAAAGAUUUGGCCCGUGAAAAGAUUCCUGACGAAACUCUUCGCAUCAUGUGGCAAGGACAUUUGCCUUCUUCCGUCCGUGCCGUGCUAGCAGUGAGUGAGAGUCAAGACCUGGAGAACCUGGCAGCAGUUGCGGAUAAAAUUAUGGAAACAUCAAGACCUUUACAAGUGGCAGAAGUGAACUCAACACCUCUCAGUGACAGUGGGUAA